AACUGUUUUGCAAGAUCUAGAUCGUUUAAUACAAAAAUGGCAGCUUUUGGACCCUACACUAUUUGUCCUUUUGACAAAUCUCAUCACAUUAUUGAUGGAAGAAUUCAAACACACUUGGUCAAAUGCCGUAAAAAUUAUCCAAAAGAUGCUAAAGUUAUGUGUCCCUUUGAUACUGUACAUAUGAUAGACCCAGAAGAAUACGAGCAUCAUCUUUCAAUAUGCCCAACAAGUGGAAAUGUAAGAUGUUAUGAGAAUUCAUUUGAACCAGAAAUAAGCAAAGGAACAGUGUCUCUAAAAGAUGCAUGUAAUCAGCAGACAAAUACACUUGAUGAUGAAGAUUGGUGUGGAAGUAAUCCAACAUAUAAUCCAUUGGUCGCCUCCGAAACUAAAAAUGUAGUAAGGACAGCAGUAGGCUUAUCAAAAGCUAAGAAGAAACAAUUCAAACAUUCUGAGAGAGACAGAAUAGCUAAACUAGAAAAGAACCAAAGUAAAACUAGCAUUCACAAAAAUAGCUUUGUACAAAAACAACCAGACUUAGAAGCACCAUUACGAGUCCCUAAAAAAGCUGCCAAAGCAAUGUCUUAUAACCAGAACUUGAACAAAGUUCAUAACAAAUCUUACAUUGACAAUCUAGUUUCCAAAUUAAAAGAAGUUUCUUUGGAGAAUAAUAAUAAUACUUUACAAAAAGGUUCUCAGGAAAGUAGUGCAAAUAAUACAUUCGAUGAGAAGAGUAAUGGUACCUUGCAAAAUGGAAAGAAAAACGCCAGUAAAGAAAUAAAAGUGAUACAUAAUAACAUUAAAGCUGAAAAAAAACCCCUAGAACCAAAAAUUCAAAACAAUACUCUUCAUCAGACUUUGGGUAAAGGGAAAAACAUACGUGUAAAUUCUAAAAUAGCGGCUACCUUUGGAGAAGCGAGGAAAGUCAGCACAGGAAGAGGAUUUACUAUAGCCUAUCAACAGAUAAAAAGUGAAAUUUCCAACAACCAAGAAAGCGGAAAUUUCGAAGAUUUGAGCGCUAUGUUUUUUGAUGAAGAAUAG